AUGGGGGAAGAAAGAAGAAGAGAAUGGAUUGUGCAGAUUCAUCUGCAGCUUAAAAGUAGUCCCUACUAUGUUAUCAAUCAUAAAUAUGCUCACAGUUACGAAGUGGAAAAAGCGAACUCUUAUUAUUCUUCUUCUCGGCGAGUGGCGGCGGUCUACCCUUCUCAUCUGCCAAAGAGGGCAAAGAGAGAACUACUUGGAGGAGUGGACUGGAUUAGUCAAUUGCCAAGGGAAAUCCUUGGUGCCAUUCUGUCUCGCUUGACCCUCGAGGAAGCCGGAAGAACUAGUGUCCUCUCGCGCAGCUGGAGACACCUGUGGGCAUUUCUCACCACCAAGCUGAAUUUCGGUGCUUGGAAAUCGCGCGACGAAGGGGUAAACAUCGGCAGUCCUUGGUACGCGAGGCGGGUGAAUCGAGCUCUAAAGUUACACCUGGGUGCAUUUGUUUUAGACAAAUUUAUAAUCCGCUUCUAUCCGGAAGAAGAAAGCCGCGCUGCUUAUUAUGGCGACCUCCACAGUUGGGUUAAUUUUGCAUUUCAAAAGGGUGUAAAAAGGCUUGAAUUGGACUUGGCAAGCGAUAGGUCGCGCUUGUACCGGUGGUAUGCUUUUCCAAGUGUGGAAAAGUUACGCUCGAGGACUUCAAAUACUCGCCUGCAACCAUUCGGAUUUUGUCACCUUAUAACCCUCUGUUUGAAAUGUGUUAACAUCACUGGCAAGGUCCUCGAGCACUUUUUGGGCAACUGCCCUCUCCUCGAACAGUUGCAGGUGAUGAGCUCCGACCAUCUUACGAACCUGAAAGUUGCAGGUCCAUCACUCAAAUUGAAAUGGUUAGGGAUCUCCAGAUGUGAGAAUUUGAAAGAUCUGGAAAUUUCUGCUGUAAAUCUUGCAUCGUUGUCAUUUACGUAUUUUGGGCAAGCUUCAAGGGUAAUUCUUAGGAAUGUUCCCGUUCUUUCAGAGUUAUGCAUCGAGGGAGAUUAUAUCGAAUCAGUAAUUCACCAACCUACAGAUCAUUUGAGCUAUAUUCGUCAACUGGAAAGGCUUAAAUUAAAACGGCUGUUCACUGGUUUUGGGAGAUAUAUAGCGUUCCCUCCUCCCUACCCUGAACUACGUUGUCUCAAGCAAUUGGAAUUGGAAUUGCCCAAAAUACAUGGAGAAAACCUCAUUUUCUACUCUCCUUUGUAUCAAUCAACUUUUCCUUGUAACGAUCAUUCGGAAGUACUCUCAGCGAUGCCCAAUGAUGAUAGAUAUGCGAGGGUUGCUCCAGAAUAUCAUCACCGAUGCCUUCAAGUGGUGGAGUUGGUUGGUUUUAGUGGACAUCCGGAUGAAGUUGAGUUUCUUUCGUAUUGGCUUGUUAUUGCUGUCUCACUCGGUAAGUUGGUUAUCAAUCCUCGUGCUCCCUCGGUUGUUGCAAUGGGCUUAACUUACGAAGACACCAAAAUACGAGCAGCUAGAGAGUGUGCCUGGCAGCUACAAAGAAAGGUACCGGCAAAAGUAAAAUUAGUGGUACUCUGA